AUGGAAGGUGAUUUAUUUUCAGGCUUGAGCAAUGGAAACCAAGUAGAUGGCAAGGUUUUGCAAACAUUCCAGAAGAGUUUUGUGCAAGUUCAAGGCAUUCUGGAUCAAAACAGGUUGCUAAUCAAUGAAAUAAACCAAAACCACGAAUCGAAGAUCCCGGACAACUUGACUCGAAAUGUUGGUUUGAUUAAGGAGCUAAACAAUAACAUUAGAAGGGUGGUCGAUCUUUAUGCUGAUCUUUCAAGCAAUUUCACUAGGUCAAUGGAACCUUCAUCAGAAGGUGAAUCAAGUGGAAUAUUGAAGUCCAAUGGAAAGGCCAAUUCGAAGAGAAUUAGAUCCGGUAAACUUUGUAUUUCUGUGUGGUAUUCGUUGAAUCAUUUAUUAGCUUUCUUGAUUGGGAUGGAUAUGAGGAUGAUUGCUGCAAAUGGGUAG